GGUUCUUUUACCGUUCUUCGUUUCGUUCUCUUGGUGCGUGGACUGGUGCGCAAGCUCGUUGUUCUAUGUAUUAGUUCUACAUCCUGUAGCUGCAAUUUUUUUUAUGACGGUAGUGUCAAUCGGAAGACCACACGUUUACCACUGAAGACUUUGACAGAGGACGACUGCUGUAAGGCGUACUUGAGGAACAUACCGAGGCUAAAUUGCUUUAGACGUCUUGCAUGAUGGAAAACAACGGAGAAGGUGGAGUGAAGAGAGAAUCUGUCGACGAUGAGGGACCCAACAAGCGGUUCCGUGGUGGAGGAAGAGCGGUGGACGUGAGAUUUCUCCUGCAGAGCAGGAAUGCGGGGGCUAUCAUAGGCAAGGGCGGCGCCAAUAUCAACAACCUGCGCAAGGAGUUCAAAGCAAGUAUCUCUGUGCCAGACUGUCCCGGCCCUGAACGGAUCCUGUCAAUCGUUGCCGAUUUGGACACCCUGGGUGAAAUUCUGCUCAGCAUCAUCCCCAAGCUAGACGAGUUUUCGUCGCAGCACUCUGGUGGCGCUAGCGGGCAGGCUUCGGAAAGCGAGAUGCGCCUGCUGCUGCACCAGAGCCAUGCGGGGUGUGUCAUUGGUCGAGCCGGCUACCGCAUCAAGGAACUCCGAGAGAAAACCGGAGCCAAUAUCAAGGUGCACGGCAGCUGCUGCCCGGCCUCCACUGAGCGUGUUGUCAAGAUAUCCGGGGGACCCCAGGUCGUGGUGGACUGUGUGAGACAGGUCUGCGAGAUCGUCAGCGAAGCUCCCAUCAAGGGUCUCAACAAGCCCUACGACCCUCACAACUACGAUCCCGAGUUUGCGCAAGAGUACGGAGGUUACGCGGAGGGAGGUACGAGUGAGAGACGCGGCGGCGGAGGAGGAGGAGGAGGUGGCGGCGGUGCAAUGCCAUUCUGGCGGGAUGAUCCAGUGGAAGGAGGAGCGUUCGGUAUGCCACCCCGGCCCCCAGAUGCAGGAGCCAAGCGUUCCUGGGGAGGAAGAGGGGGAUUUGGAGGCUCAGGUGGUGGAUCCUGGGGUGGACAGAGAACUUUCCAGCGUCCUUUCAGAGGUGGCAGGGGUGGAUAUGGUGGAGGCCGUGGUGGCGACGGCUAUGGCGACCGAUGAACGGAAGCAGAAUAUGGCCUUGCAGCAGCUGCAGAUUUUUGUCUUGUACAUAAACCCCCCCAUGCUGGCUCAGAGGACCUCAUCUUUUAGUAUCAUCACUUUUUGUUAUUAACAAGAAGACAAACAUAGUGCUUGAUUCCUGGGAAAAAUAAACUUUGAUCUAUCGGG